AUGCGCUCCAAUACCGUGCGCCCUGUGCCAGGUAACCGCUCCUCUGCUUUCUACCCCGGGUUUCCUGGUAAAUCCCGGCAACUGUCUGCUUUCUCUGCCGCUUUUGAUUGCGAUAGCAUCUCCCAAAAUGCUCGCUCCACGCAGGGAGGAUCUGAUUUCGCCCGCAAGCUUAGCGGCAUGGGCAGCUCCAAUAUCACCAGCGUGGUGCAGUCUCUGUAUCACCGCAGCGGUGAUGAGCUGGGCAAUGGUGUUUCAUCUCAGCUCCUGAACACAUCUUAUCACUCCAUUAUCGAAUGGAUUCGUUCCGAGCGGAUGAGCCACCUGCCCCCAGAGGGUAGCUGCUAUGACAAGGUUCUCACUUGGGCCCAGCUCUUUGUUGACAGACUGCACUCCUUUGACACUGGCAUCCAAGACUUUGCUGGCGAUAGCUAUCUUGCCGCUCAGCUCUCCUACGGAUACUGUUCUAUGCUGCUCGAGCUUGGUAUAAAGAACGCGCCUGCUUUGAUGAUCUCUUUCGGCUUCUUCUACAGUACCUCAUCCGCUCUGGUGAACCUACUGGAGCGGACCGAGCUGUUCUCGGUAUCCCAGGAGAUCAAAGAGCAGCUGAUCCUAGCCCUGGCUGACUUGGUUACCCUUGUUGCCAGUGUGUCGACUCACUUUCACAAGGCCAUUCGUGGAUUAAGCACCGCCUCGGUGUCAGUCAACGUCUAUGACACUUUCCCUGGCCAAAUCCAAUCCUUCUGUGAGCGCUGCGGAAAGAUCGCCGAAGCUAUGUGGCGGCACCAGCUUGCCAAGGAGAGCAUUGACACCGAAAGAGUUGCCAUUGUCAAGUUCGUCCGAUCCUGGCUUGCCCCAGAAGACCGCGUCCUCAGCUACCUCGCUGAAAACACCUCGCAUCUCGCCCACGAGCGUGAGGAGAUGACUUGCGUUUGGAUGAGCCCAUAUUUGACUCGCUUCCUGAAGAGUCAGAACCACACUCUGUCAUUCUACGGCAAGCCUGGAUCCGGCAAGACCGUUCUUGCUUCGGUCAUCGUGGACCUUCUGCAGGAGCGGAUUGACGGAGUUCCUUACAAGACCUUGUUUGUUCCUAUCAAUUCCCGCAUCCUCGCUGAGACUACCCCCAUUCCAAUUGCAAAGACUAUUCUGUUCCAGUUGUUCGAGAAGGGCAUUGGCAAUGUACAGCUCCUGCACAUCUUGGGUGAUGCCUAUGAGCGCAGCCGCAAGAAAACUAGCCCCGCGGACUAUGAGAACAUUGUUUGGAAUGCUCUGGAGCGUGCUUUGGCUUCUGCUCUCCGUGGUGCCAAGGAGCUGGUUAUUGUCAUUGAUGGCCUCGACGAGGCUACCGGCGGGGAGACUGCUCUGCUCCAAAGAUUGACUGCCGCCACCUCCAACGCUGUUAAUGUCAGGCUCAUCACUCUUGGUUCCGAGAAGCCUACUACCAAGGAGAAUGUGAUGGCAGUUCCUAUCACUGAGGAUCGCAUUGCUGAUGACAUCGCUGCUGUUGUGCGUGACAUCUUUGAGCACAGCCGCACUUUACAAGAAAUGUCUGAGUUAGAGCGAGAAACAGUUGUGGACCAAAUUACCGAGGCUUCUAAGGGCUCAUUCCUAUGGGCUAAGCUCGCUGCUAAGCGUGUUCGCCACGAGCAUCAUGCCGAUGCCUUCCGCAAGACUGUCGAGACCGUGGUGAACAGCAAGUGGACAGUGACAGACUUUGUCACCUACAUACUUGCCUCCCCUGACGUUAGUAAGGAUGCCAAGUUUAUGCUUCUUUGGCUUGCUACUGCCGAGCGGCCUUUGUUGCUAAAGGAAUUGGCUACACUGGCCUCGGUUCAGCUUGAUAAACAAACUAUAUCCGAUCGUAAGGUUGACACUUUGACUAUCCUGAAGCCCUUGACCUCUCUUAUCUUCCUCCAGGAUGGCCAAGUAUACCUUCGCCACGGCCUCAUUCGUAUGGCCGUCCUGGAUAUUUACACCAAGGGCAAGUUUAUCACCACCGUUAAGGACCGUCAUGCCGACCUUGUGACUCGACUGUUGGUUUAUAUUAAGUCCACUGUGACUGAGCAGCGUGAGCCUUCGCUGACCCCUCUGGACCGUCACGAUACCAGCAUUCUUAUCCAAAAGCAUCAGCUUCUUGACUUCGCGGUGCGCUAUUGGCCCCACCACUUGAAGAAUACCACUGUAUAUACCACUGGUGGUGAUGCUCCUACGGCCAAGGAGUUCGGCAAGCUCUUCCCCGCCAAUGUUACUUUGCUGCUCCUCCAGAACAGCCUGUGGCAGAACAUCUCCACCCCGACGCUCUUGACAUACCUAUCUAUUGUCAGCAACUUGAGCCGUCAGAUCCUGACUCCAAAUAAUGUCGUCACUCUCCAGUCUAUCAUCUCUUUGGCUCUUUUCCGUCGUGACAUCAGCCACGUUACCGAGGCAAUCCCGCUGUUCUACGAGAUCACUACUCUCAGCCGGACUCUGCUUACUGCCAAGCACAUCAUUACCAUGCAGACGUCUAUCCUCUUCAUGGAUCUCACAGUUGGGCAGACGACCACAACCAAGACUGACAUAAUGGUCAAGCGCGAGGAGAUUCUUCUUCUCAUUGUUGAGUGCUACAAGAUCCAUUAUGGCAACGAACCGGAGAAGGUCGUUGCUACUCUCGAGAACUUGGUCGAUCACUACCGUCUCCUCAAGGAGGAGAAGAAGGUCACAGAGAUUGAAAUCAUAAUCCAGAAAAUUACUGGGGCUCGCUGUUAUCGCGACGAAACCGACACUCACGGUAAUCUUCAUGUUCACCAGAACGGUCAUAAGCAGAACGGCGAAACUGGCACUCGCUUCGUUCUGGAUACCGAGGUCGAUGAAUACCAGUCCGAAGCCUUCGACUUUGAGGCCCUCCUCAAGCAGGCUCAAAAUUACGUCUCUGAGGGUGACAUUGCCGAGGCCGAGCGUAUCUACGUUGAGAGCUGGCAUCGGGCUAGCAAGGAGUGUCGCACUCAGUACUCUGUAUACUGGGAGCAGAUCAAGCUGGAGUCAGUCACUGUCUAUUCAAACUUCCUUCAGUCUCAGAUGCGCGAGAACGAGGCCUCUUCAAUCUUGUUAAGUGUUUGGGAGGAGUAUCGCAACACUAACCUGUCUGUGUCCGAGUCCACUUCUUCCUACUUCCAGGAGAUUGCGAAGGUCAUGACCGCUGUCGGUCUCUCUUCAGCAGCUCUGAGCAUUUUCAAGCACUGUGCACAUUACUACAAGAGCACCAACCGCACUGAGUCCUCGCAAUACUCGGAAAUCCAGAAGAGCGUUGAGAAGACAUCUCAACAGGCCAUGCACCAAUCGAGCUCGCCUUCAUCCGUCAUUUCUGAAUCCGUUUUGGAGGAGAUCAUCUCCUCCCAUUCCAAGCACGCCAAGUCGUCUGAGUCUGUCCUCUCGGAGCUCAAGGAGUCGGCUGUGCAGAUUUUGCAGGCUGAGUCUUCCUCCACCAGCCUUCUCGUUGCUGCCUCGACCAUCGCCGCCAGCUACAUUGCCACAAACCAGGUGUCCAAGGCCACUGAGCUGACACAGGAACUGUACCACCAGGUCGUCAUGAAGGACACGACCAAUGUCAAGUCUACCAAGUUUGAUCUCACUUCGAAGGGUCGACAGAGCCUAAUCUUCUUGGCACAGCUAGAACAAAGUCUCUGCCAACGAAGUUCGAGCAUCACGGAGAUCCUAGCCGCACUGAUCACCGAAUACGUAAAAUUCGAAGAGUUCCGUAGCCAUGUCUUCUCCAAGAGCAGCUCCUUCCACACUGUCUCGGUUUCUGCCUCCCAUCUGUACCACGCCUUGCUCUCUAACAACCGCCAGACUGCUACUAUUCGUGUCUUUGACGACUAUGUUGCCUACUUCCUGGCCACCGAGGGCAAACACACCAAGUUGACCGAGAUUAACCAGGUAAAGAUCUUCCUGUCAACUAUCCUGGAGCACUUCAGCACCCACAAGUCCACAAACUUUGUCCGUUCGGUUGGUAUCGCAAGCAACUACCGUGUUCUUGAUCUCCUCCAGAAGAAGAACUACGAUGGUGCUUGUGACCUUGCUAUCGCCUCCUUCCGGUACAUCUCUGCGCACGAUGUGUAUCGCUCCGUUGCCAUCGUCAAAUUUGUCUUCACUCUGGGCGUUUUCAUCACCGGACGUACCAUUGUUCCACAGCCUGAUCAAGCUGCUCAGAAGAAGCUGUUCGGCGUCUCUUCGGCCAUUAUUCAGGAGGUCCUCCGCGUCAUCAGCGAUUUGAAGAUCAACCUGGCUCAGGUCAAUCUGGACUACCUGAAUAUCCUGAUUGGCGUGCUGGGCGAACAGAAGGACUAUAAGAACCUCGUUUGGGUCCUUUCCAGUGUCUGGAACGGUCGUAAUCAGCAGAUCAACUGGUCACCUGCGAUCACCCUCCAGCUGGCUCGCCGUUACAUUCUGGCCCGUUACUUAGUUGGCGACGCUAUCAAAGCGACACGGCUGGCCGAGGACAUUGUGUACAAAUGCAGCCGUGUCAAUGGUGCCCGCCACCAAAGCACCCUCGAGAUGUCUACCCUGCUUUCCCAGCUGUACGCCGGUAUCGCUCAGCGCUAUCAGUCCGAGAAGGGUGGUCAACACAUGGCAUCCAAGUACUACAAGAAGAGUGCCAUUGUUCACGAGUAUCUGCUCCGCAUUUUCGUGGAUCCAUCCCUGGCCGAGUUUGAGGGCGGCCUUGACGACAGCCUCAGCACGGACGGCUCUGAGUACGACCUCAAUUUCGCCGACCACAUCACUGACGACACCGUCUCCGAUGGCGAGCAUAUCCGUCAGCACCUGCUACUGUUUAAGCUUGCUAUGCAGCGCCUGGGUGAUUGGCCCAAGGACUACAGCGAGUACGAGCGGCUGAAUACCGACCUGUUCCGGGAAUUCGAAAACGAGCUGAACGGCUUUGAAGGUAUUGAGAAGUGGAACCUGAAGGAUUUUGGCUCGGGAAAGGCCGCGAGCAACGAAGAUAUGCUGGACCUGGAGUUCAGGUCUUGGGAAUUAUGCCUGGGUGUAGCUAACGAGAGUCCCGGUCAGACCAGCAAAGAGUCCUGUGAAAAGUGCAUGCGAUGUGCACACUCCUCCAAGGACUGCCUUACAUGUCGUAAUGGAAAGGGAUCCGGGAUAUGGUGUCAUGUUUGCAGCGAGAGUACUCGAGAAAUCCAGUACAGCGAUGGCCAUCAACCAUACCAUCACAACCUCAAACAACAAUAUUCCAACAUAAGCAAAUCCUCGCAGCAAUCUAACCAGGAGGAAACGCGUUCGGCGCAGACCGGUAUCACACAGCCCGAUCAAGAGGAAGAAGAUGACCUUGAUGCUGGAUUCGCAGAUUCCGAUGAGAUGGAGCAUAUUCUAAGUCCAGUUACCUAUUACGAGAAGCUGGAUCUGCUCGAGGUCAAAACUGCGGACAUCUGCGAUAUCAGGAAGGGACCCAGUGAGCAAAAGGGGUCGUUCGUUGAAUGCCUGAUGAGCUUGAAGAGAAGUAUGGCUGCGCUCCAAAACCUACAGGCAGAAGGGUUCUGUGAGGGCGUGCUGUCCAUUUUAGUCGAAGACCAAUCGCGACUAGAUGUUGCGAGCGCUGUCCGUAUAUCGCAGGAUGAAAUUGCGAGUGCCAUCGGCAUAUUGGAUGAUCCGCCGCAUGAUAUAUCGCCACUCAGCUCACAGUCACUUGUCGCAAAAAGCAUAUUCCGGCCUUCUCCAAAUCCUGCCCACGUUUCUUCUUUGCCAAUAAUUCACAGGCUGCUUGGCAAAUUGUCCUUAGAAGAUCACGUCGAGGGGAAAUUGGAUUGGCUGCCCUACUGGCAGUUCCUAAGCACGGCCUUGUUAGUUGGCCUUGUGUCUUUCUCUGGCUCACACGUCUGCCGGUUUGAUCUUAAUCUUUGGAAAGAGACGAGAAACGAAAUUUCUGUUGGGCAAGAAUAUUACUUUACUCUGCGAAAAUUGGCCUGCCUUAAGGACUUUAUCGGCGGGCCUGCAUGGGUUCUGGGGAAGAGCCGAGCAACAUCAGAACAGAGAGGACUGAAAAUAUCUCUGACCGUUCAGGACCUCCAAGAACUUUGGGGCCCAGUCUGGCUGGUUGGAGGAACAACAGACGAAGGCCUAAUUCUCCAAACUGAAACAGGAUAUAUUGUCCCUCUUCCACACAAGGAGCAGUCUGAUACAGCUUCGGGGGAGAUUGAAUGCCAUUGGACAAGGCAAUUUCCCGAGCAUAUCCAUUGCGAUAAGACUACUCUGUUAAGCAGCACAUCACGUAUUCUGAUCGGUACUGACUCGAUCACUGCAGCCGGACUGACAGUCAACCACCGAUGCCAAUCAAAAAUUGAUUGCCUACAGGCGCACAUUCGACAUCAGCUCCAACCUUCUGGGACACACGAUGCAUAUUACACUCCCGAUGGUUUCGAUUUGCAGAUAACGGGAGGUCAAUACAUCAAUGGGGGCAUCAUCAAGAAAUACAAGCGAAUCCCAGGGCGUAAAUGGAAAGCCUCGAUUAUUGACAUGUGCAAAUAUCGGAACCCCAAGCUCAUGCCGCUCCUCAACCAUUCCAUCGGAUUGGAAGUAAGCGCAUGUACUGGUAACGCCCAAAGAGUAACACUCUGGGACGCUCUUCGCCUAUCACAAACCAAAGCAAGGGAUUCAGGCCGAACGUCAUGUUGUGAUCACCGAGUUGCCGACCGAAACUGUAUCAAGUCCUGCUGGACUCGAUGCUUUUCCACCGAUGACGACAUUGAUUCAUCUGACCAAAUUCUAGAAGAAUCAGCUAUGACCAAAGAAUCCAUUCGACGCUUAAUUAUCAAUUCGAUCAUUGCCCUUGAAGACACAGGAGUCGAUCAUAAUGGGCACCUGCAGGUUUUUUGGCCUUUUACUGGUAGCCCGCGGACCCUUCGCAUAGAGAUCAACAACUGGUUUCGGGUUAUAAAGGAUACACGGGAUGUCGCAACCUUUGCCGUUGCAAGCCAGCAUUGUCUAGAGUUUCGACAGCAGAGUAAUGCACGACCCUGCUCGAUUCUUUGCCAGAACAUUUAUACCGAAAUUCCAGAAACAGUUCUGUGUACUCGGGUCUUGCUCACUCCUCCAGUAUUAUCGAAUUGCGCGGACGAAUUCAAUCGAUGCAAGACGAUUACUCGGUCGUCACCGAAUCAGGCGGACAAUAUGCUUCCUGGUGAUCACUUCCUGCUGGGAGAAGCAGCUCUCACUGUGAAAAGGGUAGUUCCAGGAGUCGAGAGGGUGGUCAUUGCCACUGCCAUCACAAGUAGAUGGAGAAAUGGGGUCACGAAGCUGGUGGAGCGGAGAAUAUUCCAAGAGGAUUUGGAUUCUGAUCUAUCGACAGGCGUUUACGUUUCACUCUUGGUUAACUGA